ACAAGAGUGGAUACCACGCGACUAAAGAUACCUGAUUGCCUAAAGCUUGCAGACGAAGAAUAUUAUAAACCAGGAGUUAUAGAAGUAUUAAUUGGUGCAGAUACGUUUUGGCAAAUUCUACAGAAUGACCACAUAGAUCUGCUUCCAGGACAGCCAAGAAUACAAAGUACAUCCUUGGGAUGGAUUCUGGGAGGACGACUUGAAAACAAGAUAGAUGGCGGCAGAAUAGCAUGCAAUCUAUUAACCAACGAAGAAUUGAGUCAACAAUUGGAAAGAUUCUGGCAGCCAGAGGAAGUCAACGGACCAGAGUAUCAUUCGCAGGAAGAACAAUUGUGCGAAAAUCAUUUUAAAACUCACGUGCAGAGAAACUCAGAUGGUCGGUUUAUAGUGGCACUACCUCGGAGAGACGAUAUUAUACUUGGUGACUCCUAUAAGACAGCAUUGAAAAGGUUACUCGCUUUGGAAAGACGAUUUGAAAGGCAACCCGAAAUAAAAAGAGAUUACGUAAGCUUCAUGCAACAGUAUAAGAAGCUCGGUCAUAUGUCGCAAAUCGAAGAGAAUCGACCAAACAGGGCAAAGGAUAUAUACUAUUUGCCACAUCAGCCAGUAAUCAAAAGCAAUGCACUGACAAGUAAAUUGAGGGUCGUCUUCGAUGCGUCGGCGCGAUCAGAAUCUGGUGUAUCAUUGAACCAUAAAUUAAUAGCAGGACCAGUGUUACAGGACACGCUGUUUGAAUUGCUGUUGAAAUUCAGACUACAUCAAUAUGUUAUGACAGCAGAUUUAGAAAUGAUGUACCGGCAAAUAUUAGUAAGAGAACAAGACAGGAAUCUUCAGAGAAUUCUAUGGAGAGCAAGCAUUCAAGAAGAAAUACAGAUUUACUGUCUAAACACCUUGACGUAUGGAGCGCACACUAUGGAAGAAGCCUGUCUGUUGCAGCAGCAAUUAAUGGAAUUACUCAAGGCAGGAGGAUUUAACCUUCGUAAGUGGAGGAGCAACAAUAAGGAGAUACUCAGCUCGGUAAGGCAGUAUGAUGAAAAUGAAUUUCUGGUUUUAAAUAAGCAUGAAAUAAUAAAAACUCUCGGGUUACGUUGGAAUGCGGAGCAUGAUUACCUUCAGUACGAAAUGAAAGUAGGUGGAGAACAAAUUGUAACCAAAAGACAAUUAUUAUCAUUAAUUUCGAAGAUAUAUGAUCCUCUGGGCCUCAUCGGACCUAUACUUGUGAUAGCCAAACAAUUAAUGCAGCGAGUUUGGAAGGAGCAGUUAGAUUGGGAUGAAGAAUUACCUGAUCAUCUACAUAAAGAAUGGUUAAGGUACCACAGUGCUAUCAAUUCAGCUCAAACACUUGUAGUUCCUCGUAAUGUUAAUCCAGGCAAUGUGUCUAUGGAUAUAGAAGUGCAUAUCUUCUGUGAUGCGUCGGAAAAGGCGUAUGGAGCUUGCGCUUAUGCAUGUCAUCAAGGGCGAGAGGGGAGCAUCGCCGUUCAAUUAAUGUGUUCAAAGUCCAGAGUAGCUCCUCUAAAGUCUAUUACAUUGCCUCGCUUGGAGCUGAAUGCCGCACAUUUAGCGGCCAAGCUGUUUGACAGCCUGGAGAGAACGCUAGGAGAAAGAAUCAGGACAGCAAGAUUCUGGACAGACUCGAUGAUUGUCUUAAGUUGGAUACGCACAGAAACGUAUAAACUAAAAACCUACGUGGCUAACAGAGUCUCGGAUAUUCAACAGAUUACAGCGGGCAAGAUCUGGAGUCAUGUACCAUCAAAACACAACCCAACAGAUUUAUUAUCAAGAGGGAUUAGCACAAAAGAGUUGAGAGACAAUAGGUUAUGGUGGCAUGGACCACAAUGGUUGACUCAGCCGGAAGAAGAGUGGCCAUCUCAGAGGACAGACAAAUUGGAAGAAACCCCAGAGCUUCGUCGAGAAGUAGUGCUCACAGCAAUUGCGGACAACCAUAUUUCAGAAAUUUUGAAAAAAUAUUCGUCUAUAAGUAAAUUGAAACGAGUCAUCGCUUACUGCAUGAGGUUUGGUAGUAAACUUAGAGGAGAGAAGAAAAAUGAAGAACUUACCAUAGAAGAAUUAGAAAGGGCGAUGUUAGUGAUAGUUCGUUUGGUGCAAGACCAAGCUUUCAAAAGAGAGAUAAACGAGUUGCGAUUAGGAAAGGCAGUUCAUCGAAAAAGCAAAUUACUGUCGCUUCGUCCAUUUCUCGACAAAGAUGGACUCUUACGUGUAGGAGGCCGACUGCGGCAAGCCGAAAUUGAGUGGGAUCAAAAACACCCAUUACUGCUGCCUGCCAAGCAUUAUAUAACUACGCUUAUAUUCCAAGAAGAGCACAGAAGGUUACUGCAUUGUGGGCCAGAGCAGCUCUUAGCAUCAAUCAGGCUUCGAUACUGGCCAAUAGUGGGCAGGCAAGAAGCACGCAAGAUAACACGACAUUGUAUAGAGUGUUUUAGGUUUAAGCCCAAGGUCAUAGAAGCGGUUAUGGCAGAUCUACCCAAGGAUCGUCUUCAAGGUUGUCUAAGGCCAUUCGCAAUUAGCGGGGUAGAUUAUGCUGGACCGAUCCAAAUUAGAGAAGGAAAAAGAAGAGGAAGGAUACCUAUAUCAAAAGGAUAUAUAGCAUUAUUUGUAUGUUUUAAUACGAAAGCCGUUCAUUUGGAAGCAGUAACGAAUCUGACCACUGAAGCCUUCCUAGCAGCUCUAAGAAGAUUUACAGCCCGAAGAGGACUUUGUAGAAUACUGUACUCGGACAAUGCCAAGAAUUUUGUAGGAGCUUCAAGAGAGUUAAAAGAAGUCCACCAGUUCAUGAAGGAUCGAGCCGAUCAGAUCAAAACCGGCAUGGUGACACAAGGUAUUGAAUGGAAAUUUAUACCGCCGCGAUCUCCAAAUUUUGGAGGGUUAUGGGAGGCGGCCGUUAAGGCCACUAAACGACACUUAUAUAUAGCCACGCGUAAUCUCAUAUUGACAUAUGAGGAACUCAGCACUCUUCUGGCUGAAAUUGAAAGCAUAUUAAAUUCACGUCCCUUGACCCCGUUGUCCUCUCACCCUAACGACCUAACAGCAUUAACUCCUGCCCAUUUCCUACUUGGAGACUCGCAAUCAGAACCAAUGCAAAAAAACUUAUUAGACGUGUCAAAUAACGCUGUAUCAAGAUGGCAACACCAGCAAAAAAUUAAACAACAUUUUUGGAUCCAUUGGAAAAAAGAGUAUUUGCACCAACUACAAAUGCGUACAAAAUGGUACCACGACGCCACGAAGCUGGAGCCUGAAGCAAUGGUAAUAAUGAUGGAUGAACAAACACCGCCGCUUAAAUGGGCCUUAGCGCGAAUACUGGAGUCACCCAGGGGAUGA